AUGAAGUUCAUCCCAUUACGUUACGUGAUUGACAUUCCAAAAGUCCUCUACGCCGCGGCAGAGUUCGGGGAGCCGGCUUCCGAGCAGACGGGGGCAGCUGCGGGGACAACUGUGGCCCAGCCCGCGGCCCCCGCGUCCUGGAAGCCCCAGGAUUCUUCGGAGCAGCCACAGGAGAGGCUCUGCAAGAAUCCGUGUGCCAUGUUCGCUGCCGGAGAGAUCAAGACGCCGACGGGGGAGGGCCUUGCCGACUCACCCAGCAAAACCAUGUCUAUUAAAGAAAGCCCCCAAAACGGGAAAAACAGACAUUCCGUGGCUGGGAUGAUGGGGCAUCUUUUAUCUAGCAAGUCAGACUUCGGCUCUGUGUUUCAAUCAGCUAUUGGCACUGUUGAAGAAGAGCGGGGAGGAAGACUGGAGAAACAGACUCAGCAGGAGGCAGGAGGGCGGGAAGGCGCUGGCCAGCAGCCUGCACACCCAGGAAGCGGGGCGGUCCCUCAUCAAGAAGCCCGUCCAGUGUCUUCCAACUCCACCUUCUCAGAAGUCACCCUGGCCGGUUUAGCCAGUAAAGAAAACUUCAGCAGCGUCAGCCUGCGGAGCGUGAACCUGACGGAACAGAACUCUAACAACAGCGCCGUGCCCUACAAGAGGCUGAUGCUGCUGCAGAUUAAAGGAAGAAGACACGUGCAAACCAGGCUGGUGGAGCCUCGGGCCUCAGCGCUCAACAGCGGGGACUGCUUCCUCCUGCUCUCUCCCCACUGCUGCUUCCUGUGGGUAGGAGAGUUUGCAAACGUCAUAGAGAAGGCGAAGGCCUCAGAACUUGCAGCUUUAAUUCAGACAAAGAGGGAACUUGGUUGUAGAGCUACUUAUAUCCAAACCAUUGAAGAAGGAAUUAAUACACACACUCAUGCAGCCAAAGACUUCUGGAAGCUUCUGGGUGGCCAAACCAGUUAUCAGUCUGCUGGAGACCCAAAAGAAGAUGAACUCUAUGAAGCAGCCAUAAUAGAAACGAACUGCAUUUACCGCCUCAUGGAUGACAAACUCGUGCCUGAUGACGACUACUGGGGGAAAAUUCCAAAGUGUUCCCUUCUGCAGCCCAAAGAGGUGCUGGUGUUUGAUUUUGGUAGUGAAGUUUACGUGUGGCACGGGAAAGAAGUCACGUUAGCACAACGAAAAAUAGCAUUUCAGCUGGCAAAGCACUUAUGGAAUGGAACGUUUGACUAUGAGAACUGUGACAUCAACCCACUGGAUCCUGGAGAAUGCAAUCCGCUCAUCCCCAGAAAAGGACAGGGGCGGCCCGAGUGGGCGAUAUUUGGGAGACUUACUGAACACAAUGAGACGAUUUUGUUCAAAGAGAAGUUUCUGGAUUGGACAGAACUGAAGCGACCGCAGGAGAAGAACCCCGGGGAGCUUGCCCAGCACAAGGAAGACCCCAGGGCCGAUGUCAAGCCGUAUGACGUGACGCGGAUGGUGUCCAUGCCCCAGACGACAGCGGGCACCAUCCUGGACGGGGUGAAUGUCGGCCGCAGCUAUGGCCUGGUGGAAGGGCACGACAGGAGGCAGUUUGAGAUCACCAGUGUCUCUGUGGAUGUCUGGCACAUCCUGGAAUUCGACUACAGCAGGCUCCCCAAACACAUCGGGCAGUUCCACGAAGGGGACGCCUAUGUGGUCAAGUGGAAGUUCAUGGUGAGCACGGCAGGUUAGUGAGCGCUCGUGGUUUCUUCCAGCUGAAAGAGGCUG